UAAUGACAUUAUAUAAAAUAGAUAUUCACAUAGGCACCCCUAACAAUCCAAACUCAAUGGGAUUAAUAGAACGAUUUCAUUCCACAAUUUUAGAAAUAUAUAGACUUGCGAAAUAUGAACAUAAAUUCACAGAUGCUACAUCAGUAAUGACAUAUGCUAUAAUGGCUUAUAAUCAGACAAUCCAUUCAGUAACAGGUCUCACUCCGUUUGAAGUAGUAUUUGGUCACACGGAAAGUAACAAUCAAUUCAAUUUAAAUUUUGAUAAAGAAUAUACUCAACAACUAGUUAGGGAUCAUGCAAAAAGAACUCACUACUUAUACAAGUACUUAACCGAUAAAAUAGGAACUAGGAAAGAAAAAGUUCAACAAAAUAGAGUAGGAGAAAUUAAUUUUGAUUUAAAUGAAGGUGAUACUGUUUUUAUUAAAGGUGUAAAUCAACGUAGAAGCAAGGAUAAACCCAGAUUCGUCCUGCUAGUGACCCAAGCAGUAACGAUCCGGGCCCUUCAACUUCAAAAGGUUGAGAAGAAUCCAGGCGUUCUCCCUCUCAGAGAAGGAACCGCUCUGAUUACGUAUGAUAAGUGGAUAGUAAUUAAGACAUUAGAUAUUAAUCUUAUUAAGGAAGAAUUAGAAUUUAAUAUGCAUAGAUAUUUAGAACUCAAUAGAAUAGUAGAAUUACAGUUAAAUAUCAGUAGCCCUCCGUUAAUAUAUUUCAAUGAUGUUAAGCUUCAAGUUAAUUAUAUGUUAAAUAUCACAUUGAACAAAUAUUCAGAAAUUGUACCAAUUAACAGACAGAAAAGAGGACUCAUCAAUCCUUUAGGAUCUUUAGUUAAAAUGAUAACAGGAAAUUUAGAUUAUGAAGAUGCUAUUAAAUAUGACAACUUAAUAAAAACCGUAAAAACUCGAGAACAUUCUCUAGAAAAGAAAACUACUGUUAUAUCUGAAAUGAUAAGACGUCAUUUAGUAGAAUGGGCGUAUUACAUCAAUCUAUAA